GUAAUUAAUGUUUGCUGACACUGGACUCUAACGGCCGGCUUUGCAUUUUUUAGAAUUUUUAUUUAUAAUUGCUUUAAUUUUAAGAAAAUUUAGUUUGUUUUAAUAAAAGUGUUGAAAUUAUUUAUAACAAAAUGGAUCCCAUAUUGGGCCGUUCCCAGUUUCUCAGUGAAACUGUAAACUUGUUUACCGAUGAAAAGACAGCCAAUGCAAGAGCUCGUGUGGUGGAAUGGAUCAACGAUAUCAACACCUCGGAACCACAGGUGAAAUGUGAAUUGUUGGUUAAAAUCCAAGAAACCAUUAUGAGUUCAUGUGUUGAGCUGUUGGAAGAGUUUUUAGAACACAUUUUAUCUUUAGCUCAUGAUACCAAUAUGGAUGUACGCAAACAGGUGGUGGGUUUUAUGGAGCAAAUAUGCAAAGUAAAAGUUGAAUAUUUGGGUCAAGUAGUCAAUGUUAUAUCCAUGCUGUUGCGUGAUCGUUCUCCCCAAGUAAUCAAGCGUGUUAUACAGGCAUCCGGUAGCAUUUAUAAAAAUGGUUUACAAUGGAUAUGUAGUCAACAAGAAUUAACGGAUAGCUGUGAACAAGCCUGGAAUGUUUUGAGCUUGAUUAAGGCACAAAUUCUAGAUCUUAUAGACAAUGAAAACGAUGGCAUACGCACAAAUGCCAUCAAGUUUCUAGAGGGUGUGGUGGUGCUGCAAAGCUAUCCCGAUGAAGAUAGCCAAAAGAGGGAAAACGAUUUCUCUUUGGAAAAUAUACCAGAAAGUCUUAAAAUAAUUAAACGUAAAAAGUUGGAAGAGGAAGCUCUCAAUAUUUUUGAUAUUCUAUUGAAAUUUCAUGCGGCCACACAUAUUUCUUCGGUGAAUCUGAUAGCAUGCACGGGUAGUCUCUGCACUAUAGCCAAGUUGAGGCCCAGCCUUAUGGGUCCUGUAAUAGAGGCAUUUAAAAGCUUAAAUUCCAAUUUGCCACCCACUCUAACAGAUUCACAAGUUAGUUCGGUGAGAAAAAGUUUAAAAAUGCAAUUGAUGGCUUUGCUUAAGAAUAAGGGUUCGUACGAGUAUCAAUCGGUUAUAAAACAUUUAUUAAAUGAUUUGGGAGCCUCUCAGGGUGAAGUGCAAAGAGCUAUACCAAAAAUGGAUAAACAGGAGCAGAUGAGAAGACAGAAACGUAUUUUGGAAAAUGCUACCAGUAAUUUACACAAAAAAAUGCGUUUGGGCAAAGCACAACAUACUGAUGAUAAAGAUGAAACUCAAGAGAUGGUGGUGGAUGAGGAGGAGUUGGAAAAACAAAGACAAAAAUCCACUAAAGUUAAUGAGAAAUUUCUGGCAGAACAUUUGCGUUCCACCAAUACUGUGGUUAAUUUGGUGGUGGAAUAUUUGCCUAAAUUACCAGAUACAGCACCGGAAAAAUUUUUGCAAGAAUAUACGCCCAUUAAGGAUUUAUCUAUAGCACAACAGGUUUCGAAAAUCUCCAAUUUAUUAGGCCAACAAAUGACUGAACAGAAAAUAGGUCCCGGCUCGGCAGCCUUUACCAAGGAGGUGCCCAUGAAAGUCUUAAGAAAAGAUAAAACAAACAGUAAUAAAGUCAUUGAAGAAGUAAUGGAAGUGGAAGAGCCCUCUGGUUCCGAAACUGUUAUUCUGGAUGAUGAACAACAGCGCAAGGAGGAGGCUACUAAAAAGCUAAGAGAAAAUAUGGAACGUAUGAAAGGCGAACAGGAACUCAUUGAACGCAUGAAACAAAAAGCUAAAGCUUUAAAAUUACAAGAAAUUACCAAACCUUUCCCGAGACCUUUAAAGGAAAAAUUUCUCAUGGAUGCUGUUAAACGUAUACUGCAUGCCGAACGUCAGUGUAUAGUGGGUGGUGUGUCGGCUAAGAGAAGAAAAAUUUUAACCGUAAUGGCAGCAACAUUUCCCGAUAAUGUACGCUACUUUAUCUUUGAAUUUAUCAUGAUGGAUAUUAAGCAAAGAAUUGAUUUAGCAUUCUCCUGGUUGUAUGAAGAAUAUUGUUUACUACAAGGUUUUACCAGACAUUCCUAUGUUAAAUCUGAAAAUCGUCCUGACCAUGCCUACAAUGAGCUAUUGGGACAAAUCAUUAUGGGCAUUAUAAAUAAAUGUGAGUUAAGAGAUAAAAUUUUGCUCUUGAGGAGAGUGUACCUGGAGGCUCCCUUAUUGCCCGAUGAAAGUUUAAAACCUUUAUUGAAAUUGAUUUUAAUGGAAGAAUAUUCUGCUUAUGGUUUGGAUUUGCUAAAAGAAUUGGCCAUUUUGAGGCCACCACGUAAGGCAAAGUUUUUAAGACAUUUGCUAAACUUUUGCAUACACGAGAGGUUGGAUAUAAGAGAAAAAGCUUUAGAGCAUAUAGUUACUCUAUACACUACCCAAAAACUGUUAAGCGCCCGCAUAGAUGAAUUCGCUUUAGAGUUGGCUUCUUAUUUGGAAAAAGAAAUACCACCCGCUAGCAUGUUUGGUGAGGAAUAUGGUAGACCCGGUGUAGAAACCGCCUGGAGAGAAGAAAUUGCCAAAAUAUGUCUUAUUAUGCUAUUGACUUUGGCUCCUUAUAGAGCGGAAUUGUAUUUGGAAAAAUUAACCCAAAUAUAUAGCAAUACUUCGGCAGAUUUAAAACGCACUAUAUUACGAUCCAUUGACCCAGCCAUUAAAAAGUUAGGUGCUGAAAAUCCUUUACUAUUGCAAUUGAUAGAAGAUUCACCCAAGGGUUGCGAAACCUUAAUUAUACGCAUUAUUUAUAUACUAACCGAAAGACAAGCUACACCUGCCCCCGAACUCGUGCUAAGGGUUAAGGAAUUAUAUCAAAAUAAAAUUAAAGACGUAAGAGUUCUAAUACCCAUACUCAGUGGUUUAACGCGCCAAGAGAUUCUCAGCGCUUUGCCAAAGUUAAUUAAACUUAAUCAGGUGGUAGUUAAGGAAGUCUUCAAUCGUUUGCUUAGCAUAGGAGCAGAAUUUGCCAAUCAAACUAUGGCAACCACACCUACUGAUAUAUUGGUGGCUCUACACACCAUUGAUAUCAAUGAAUGUGAUUUGAAGUGUAUAGUCAAGGCCACUUCUUUGUGUUUGGCAGAAAAGGAGGUUUUCACUCAGGAUGUCUUGAUUGGUGUACUGCAGCAAUUGGUGGAAAUUGUACCCAUACCUACAUUGCUAAUGCGUACCAUAAUACAAAGUUUAACGUUAUAUCCACGUAUGGCUAAUUUUGUUUUAAAUAUAUUACAACGUUUAAUCCUCAAACAAGUAUGGCGUCAGAAGGUCAUAUGGGAGGGUUUUCUCAAGUGUUUACAACGUUUGAAACCUUCUUCACUGCCCAUUAUGUUGCAUUUGCCUCCACAACAAUUAAUGAAUGCCCUCGAACAGUGUCCUGACUUAAGGCCAUUGUUAAUUGAAUAUGCUCAAAGUAUAGAGGAGGAGCCUAUGUCAGGUAUAACACCACAAAUAAUGGAUAUAAUAACGGGUAAAGCUGUAGAUGUUUUUAUAACGGACGAUACGGGUGGCUUUAUUUCUGUGGAAAAUAUUAAAAAGGAAGUGGAUGAACCUAUGGAAAUUUCCACUAUAUCUACAGUUACCACAGUACCAGUACCCUUGCGUGUUCGUUCUCCAGAUGGUCAGGCAGCGGGUGCAGCACAUGAUGUUAAUCAACCUUUGCCUCCAGGAGAGGAUUAAAUUUUUGCUUUUAAAUAAACUAAACUUUAGCGUAUUUUUCAGGAAGUUUUGUUUUUUGAAACACAAACAAAAUCCAAAUUAUUUUGUUAAAGUUCAAUAUUUUUUAAAAACGGAUAAAAGUGAAACGUAUGUUUUAGAUGUGAAAGAUAAUAAAAGUUAAAUUUCAAUGUUUGUUUCAAAGGGAAAAAAGAAAAAGUUGAGAAAAAACAUCAGUUCGCGAAAUAAGUGCAAAAAUCUUCUAAUAAUUUUUUAUGUUUUAUAUAGAACAAGUAAUAUUUCUAUAUUCGGCUGUGCCGAAUCUUAUAUACCCUUCACCAAGUAUG